AGCACUGGGGCGUCUCCAUUUUGGCCGCGCAGGUUAGGGACGUGACUCAGACCAGCGGAUCGGCGAAGCGGUGUUCUCGGUACUCUGAGGGCCGAGCCGGCUCACCGCACUCUCUCCCUUCCUUAUUCUGCCUGCAGAGGCCGGGGGCGCGCAUGGCGGGCUUGGAGGUCCUGUUCGCGUCUGCGGCGCCGACCAUCACCUGCGCGCAGGACGCCCUCGUCUGCUUCCUACACUGGGAGGUGGUUACGCACGGCUACUACGGCUUGGGCGCCGGCGACCAGCCGGGUCCCAGUGAUAAGAAAUCAGAACUGCUGCCAGCUGAAUGGAACAGCAAUAAAGAUCUGUACGUCCUCCGGUAUGAGUCUAAGGAUGGGUCCAGAAAGCUCCUAGUGAAGGCUGUCACCGUGGAGAACAGCAUGAUCAUCAACGUGCUGGAAUGUGGCUCACAGCAAGUGUCAGACUUGACCCUGAACUUGAAUGAUUAUAUCGAUUCAGAACACCUGGUUGACUUCCACAGGGCCUACAAGAACAGUGAGGAGCUUCGGUCUCGGAUCGUGUCUGGGAUCAUCACACCUAUCCAUGAGCACUGGGACAAAGCCAGUGUAAGUCCCCACCGGGAGUUUCCCCCUGCCACUGCCAGAGAGGUGGACCCACUCCGGAUUCACCCCCACCACCCACACACCAGCCAGCAGCCUCCCUGGAGCGAUCCCCUGGGCCCGUUUGCUGUCGGGGGAGAGGACCUAGACCCCUUUGGGUGUCGGAGAGGUGGCAUGAUUGUGGAUCCCCUGAGAUCUGGCUUUCCAAGAGCACUUAUUGACCCAUCAUCAGGCCUCCCAAACCGUCUUCCUCCAGGCGCUGUGCCCCCAGGAGCACGCUUUGAUCCCUUUGGACCCAUUGGGACCAGCCCGUCUGGACCUAACCCAGACCAUCUCCCCCCGCCGGGCUACGAUGACAUGUACCUGUGAAGGCCUCAAGAAUGUAACAUCCCAGCCUUCCCUCCACUCUCCUGGAGCUGCCACUGCUGGCCCCAUCAGCAACCCUUUUCUUGUGGGUUGGCGGCAAGGAACUCUGCCCAUGUGUUUGCAGGCCUGCUGGGAUUGCCUCCCCACCCCCUACCAGAGCCAAGGCACAUGCUGCAGCUCUUCACCUGGCUGCAUCUAGGUCCCAAAGAGAAAGCAGUGUGUCUCACCACCAGCUCCUCCCCACUUCCCAGGGGAGACUCCGGCAACAUAUACCCUCGACCCAAUGCAGUCCC